GUCUAAAAAAAAGUAAUCCUUUUUUCUUCAAAAAAAAAAGGUCAUCCGCUCUGUAUUAAUUUAUGUAUUAAAAAAUACAUCAUUUUACAAUUAAUUAUUCCGAUAAUAUUUUUUAGAAAAUAAAUUAUUCCAAUAAAACAUAUAUCGAGACUUGUAUAUUUUUACCCAAAAUAUUUGAGAAGGGAAGGCCUAGGCUUUGAUGAAAAGAAAGAAUGUCAGGCAUGAACCGAUCUGCAAUCGCUCCAUCCAAGUAUGCCCUUCCCCCUAAAGAGCUCCUCGACGAUCUCUGCAGUCGUUUUGUUCUAAAUGUGCCUAAGGAAGACCAGCAGUCGUUCGAGAGGAUUUUGUUUCUCGUGGAGUAUGCACAUUGGUUUUAUGAAGAUAACUCGGUUGAAAAGAAUCCAUCUCUGAAGUCGUUAACCUUGAAGGAAUUUACUUCCUUAUUGUUCAACAACUGUAAUGUCUUAAAGCCGUAUGUUGCUCAUAUAGACGAUAUAUUUAAGGACUUCACUUCCUAUAAAGUCAGAGUUCCUGUGACAGGGGCCAUUAUACUGGAUGAAACCUAUGAGAGGUGCUUACUAGUGAAGGGAUGGAAAGGGACAAGUUGGAGCUUUCCCCGUGGUAAAAAGAACAAAGAUGAGGAAGAUCACAGUUGUGCCAUUAGAGAAGUCCUCGAGGAAACAGGGUUUGAUGUAUCAAAACUUAUUAACAAAGACGAGUACAUUGAGAUGAUUUUUGGACAGCAGAGAGUGAGAUUGUACAUAGUGGCUGGGGUGAAAGAUGACACAUUAUUUGCUCCUCUUACAAAAAAGGAGAUAAGUGAAAUAGCUUGGCAGGUGAUUGACGAGCUUCAGCAUGCAAAUGCCGACGUCAUAUCACGUGGGAGCACUGGCCUCAAGCUCUACAUGGUUGCUCCAUUUUUGGCAUCCCUAAAGUCGUGGAUUUCAGUGCAUCCACCUCCCAUGUCACCUCGACCAGACAGACCCGCGAAAGGACUUACCGUGUGGAAGGCAAGAAACAGCUCGGGAGGCAGCUCAAUGACUGAGAGCCAGUCGAGUAAAACUGUGGCCGACGUGUACACUUCUGAGGCGCGUCCUAGCCGGAGCUUCAGAAAUUUCCGAUUUGAUACUGGCCCGAUAUUACAGGCUGUGGAUGCGGCCUUCUCUUCUUGAAACGCACACACUGUACAGAGAACUCUUGCUGAUCCGGCCAACUCUCGACCGUUGAUCACAAAUACCUCCCAAAAAUGGAAGCAUCCGUAGUUGUGUUUAUCUCCGAAUAUUGCGCUACAAGAUGUGAUGAAGAAUGAAGAACAGAAUGAAAUGUCAACUACACAAUAACUAUGUUUGUUGUUGUCCUAUCUCAUCUUUGAUUUGCCAAUGUUUCUUGAACAUGAAUGAUUGGAACAAUUUACUAACAUUAAUAUGAUAUCGAAUGUUAUUAUUGAGAA